UGUUUUUUGAGGUUGUUUGGUUACUCGGAAAGCUGCGACUCUUUAUCUUCGAACCGUUUUACACAAAGUUAUAUUUGUGUUUUUUGGAAGAUGCAUUUUUCAAUCUUGGGGCUGUUGGGAGCUUCGCUGGCUUGGACAGCGAGUGCUACGCCCAUUGUCCAGCCUGAAUUGCAAUCGAGGGCUACCAACUUUAACAACCCUGUUCUCUGGCAGGAUCACCCGGAUCUCGAUGUUUUCCGUGUAGGAGAUGUGUUUUACUAUUCCUCGUCGACUUUCGCCUUCUCCCCCGGAGCUCCGGUCUUGAAAUCUUACGACUUGGUCAACUGGACGCCAGUCUCGCACAGUGUGCCUAGACUCGACUUCGCGAGCAAGUACAACCUCAACAGUGCCACGGACCGGGCAUACGUCAAGGGAAUCUGGGCUAGCAGUCUGCAGUACCGCAAGUCCGACGACACCUUCUACUGGAUCGGAUGCAUCGAAGGCAAAACCUACGUCUACACGUCGACGAAUUCCGGUGCUGGAGCCAACAACGGCGAAGUCAACAACUGGAACUGGUCUCUCCGCGCGACCCUCAACAAAUGCUACUACGACUGCGGCCUCUUCUUCGACGAUAACGACACAGUCUACGUCGCGUACGGAAACACAGAUAUUCAGGUUGCGCAGCUCAGCUCCGACGCCCGCUCAGAAGUCCGCUCGCAAUCCGUCUACAAAGGCUCCGUCACCAUCGAGGGCUCCCGUAUGUACAAGGUCAACGGAAACUACUACAUCUUCGUCACGCGGCCUGCAAACGAAGAAUGGGUCCUCAAAGCUUCAAGCCCCUUCGGCCCGUACACCCAACGCGUCCUCGUCGCCAGCAUCUCCGGACCCCUAUCCAACGCCGGCUUCGCCCACCAAGGCGGCAUCGUCGGCACAAAAGACAACAAAUGGUACUACAUGGGCUUCAUGGACGCCUACCCCGGCGGCCGCAUCCCCGUUUCCGCUCCAAUAACAUGGGGUUCAGACGGCUUCCCGGUCCUCACAAAAGUCAACAACGGCUGGGGCCAGACCUACCCAACCCCCGUCGAAACCUCAAAAACCGUGCCGGGCCCCGAACGCGAAGAUUCCUUCACUUCUUCGUCGCUUUCCCACGAAUGGGAAUGGAACCACAACCCAGACACCUCCAAAUUCACCGUCCCAGCCUCAGGCGGCGGCAUCCAGCUCUCGACCGCCACCGUCACAAACGACCUCUUCACAGCGCGAAACACACUAACCCACCGCAUCCUCGGCCCCAAAUCCCACGGCACCUUCCGCUUCGACAUCUCGAAAAUGGCAGACGGCGACCGCGCGGGUGCUGCCCUCUUCCGCGACGUCGCGGCCUACAUCGGCAUCUACAAGGAAGGGUCCUCCGCGCGCAUCGUCAUGGUCAACAACCUCUCCCUCAACUCAGACUGGUCGACCAAAUCCACCGGCACCAUCGCCGCGACAGGACCUACGCUUCCUUCUGGAACCGCAGAAGUGUGGUUGAGGGUGCAGGCUGAUAUCACGCCUGCGUUCAGCGGGGGCGCGACGAGGACGACGACGUUUUUGUAUAGCGUUGAUGGCGGGAAUAGCUGGACGCAGCUGGGUGGCGGGUUUGGCAUGACGAAUACGUGGCAGUUUUUCACAGGGUACCGAUUUGCCGCUUUCAAUCAUGCUACCAAGAGUUUGGGAGGCAGUGUUGUGUUGAAGAGUUUUGCGUUGAAGAAGUGGUGA